AUGUCCUCACCGAAAUCGGACAAGAGAGACAAGGCUGCUUUGGAAGCACUUGCCAAUGUGGCACCAACCCCUGCUCCCGCGGUGAAGAAAAUCACUGAACGCGGCAGCGAAGACGAUUGGGAAAAAUAUGACAUCCCUACCAGUACUACCGUGGACCCCACAGCGACGUCUGAGACCACUGAAGGCACUACGAAGCAGAAAAAGACAGCAGCAAGGAAGGGGAAAAAGGCAAAAGGAAAAGACAAACGAGGAUGUUGUCGCAAAUUGGAAGAGGAUGAAAAUCUUUUUUCUCUGUGCAUUGGAGCACUCUUUUGUGGAUACUGUUGGGCCACUGCUGCCCAAGCCUCGUCCAAGGGGGGAGAUGAGUGCUGUGAUUGUUGUGACUUUUUCUAG